GUGACGCGCCGAGCUCUCGCUUGAUUUCCAAGGACUCGAUGUUGAGUAAAUCUUAAAUAUUUUUUGUGGAAGUUUGUUUCAUUUUAAAUACUUAAACUUAUCCUUACUGUGUAGUCUUUUCAUGCUUUAGAAUUUAGAGUGUGAGAAUUUAACUGGAGACUGAACAACAAGGUAGGUUUUUCGUAAAUCUUUUAGUAAUGGCAACCAACAUGGAGCUUGGCUGGGAGUUUGAGGGCGACAGACGCCAAUGGAUGGCCUUUUCGGAGGAAAACAACAAUUCAAUAAACGAGACCCACAACGACACCAGCAAGAGUAGCGUCAAACUAACAGUAAACUCAGUCCUGCUUGAGAUCAAACUAGAUAAGAUGGUUCAGAGGAAUUGUACGACGGGAUGGGAAAGGAGGAUUCGAUGUGCCGUCAAGGACGACAGCGGAGAUUAUUUUGUUUGGCAGUGGCAGGAUGAGAAGAAUCGUUGGAAUCCUUACAGUGUGGAACAUUCCGUUUUACUUGAAGCAGCUAAACAGUACUCAGAAGACAGUGUUGACAUCGUUGCAGCACACCGUGCGUACAAGAUAGAUCUACAGUCGAUGGAACAAAGCAAUGUAACAACUCAAGUGAUCAGAAAAGUGGAGAGGCACAAAAUUGAUUAUGAAGUUCCACCCCCUCAACCAGCUGCUAAAAGCCAACCAGCGAAGCGGACUAAAAGCCAACCAGCGAAGCGGACUCGCACAAAGGCAACAACAAAGAGCAAUGGUGUGAAGACAGAACCCAUGGAGGAGGAGGAAGAGGUCGAAGUCAAACCAGCCAAGUCUGCCAAGAAGACAAAGAGUCAAGGACCAAGCGGAGGACCAGAUAUAAAAACUGUGCGGAUCGCAUCUGGUCAUAAAGCCCCAGUUGACAGUGAAUGCCAUGCUAUGGCCGACAAAGCACAUGUAUACAUAGAAGGCAAUGAAGUGUAUGAUGCAAUGCUUAACCAAACGAAUCUGAUGAACAACAACAACAAAUACUACAUCAUUCAACUGCUGGAAGAAAAUGCAAAGAAGAUUUAUUAUGUCUGGUUCCGCUGGGGUAGAGUUGGGAAGGUCGGUCAGAACUCCCUGGUGCCCUGCGGACAUGAUCUGUUAGAAGCUAAGAGCGUCUUUGAAAAGAAAUACUGGGACAAGACGCGGAAUGAGUGGUCUCUAAAAAAUAGCUUUGAAAAAGUUCCUGGGAAGUAUGAUAUGCUGAAGAUGGAUUACACUGUAGAUACCAAGGCAAAGGACGAGCCAGAUGCUGGAAAAGUCAAGAAAGAGAAAGUGGCAUCCAAGCUGGAUAAAAAAGUUCAGGAUUUGAUUCAACUGAUCUGCAACAUCCAAGCAAUGGAGGACAUGGUCGUUGAGAUGAAAUACGACGCUCAGAAAGCUCCAUUGGGAAAACUCACCCAGGAUCAGAUCAAGGCCGGUUACUCAGCGCUCAAGAAGAUUGAGCAGUGCAUCAAUAAAAACACGGUCGGAGAGAAACUCAUUAAAGCUUGUGAUGAGUUCUACACCAGGAUCCCGCACAACUUUGGAAUGCGCCGACCACCAGUGAUAAGAUCAAAGGAUGAAUUACGAGCUAAGAUAGCUCUGCUUGAGGCUCUUGGUGAUAUUCAAGUUGCCAUGACAAUCUUGAAGGAGAAUAGAAACGUAGAUGAACAUCCAAUUGACAGCCAGUAUCACUCCUUGAAAUGCACCAUGAAAUCGCUUGAGAAGACGCAUCCUGAUUUUAAGAUGAUACAGCAAUACGUCCAGAACACCCAUGCCAAGACUCACAAUCAGUUUAAGAUGCAAGUCAGCGAUGUCUUUGAGAUUGAUAAGGAGGGAGAGGCAGAAAAUUUCAACGAUGUCGGAAAUAACAUGUUACUGUGGCAUGGCUCUCGACUGACGAACUGGGCUGGUAUCCUGGGUCAAGGAUUACGUAUUGCACCACCUGAAGCACCGGUUACCGGCUAUAUGUUUGGUAAAGGAGUUUACUUUGCGGACAUGUCAUCCAAGUCGGCCAAUUACUGCUUUGCAACGAGGUCAAAGAAUACUGGUCUUCUACUGUUGAGCCAGGUUGGCCUUGGAACAGCCAACACCCUCCUAGCAGCUGAUUACAAAGCGGAUAAACUCCCUGCUGGGAAACACAGCGUCAAAGGACUCGGUAAAAUUGCACCAAACCCGGCCUCCGACUUCACCAUGCCAGAUGGCACCGUUGUUCCGCUGGGCAAGGGGACCGACACCGGCGUGGAUAACCCUAACGGCUACACACUCAACUACAACGAGUUUAUCGUCUACAACACAAACCAGAUUCGGAUGCGCUACCUAGUGUGGGUGAAGUUUAACUUCAACUGAGGGGAUACUGAAUAAUGAUGUAUAAAGUAUGAAGUGCCUUUCAGGGCUCAAAUUUAGGGGUGAAUCCACAAUGAUACCACAUGGCUUGUAGGAUUCAAUGGUUACUGGACCAGCAUUUAUUUCACAAGACCAGAAUGUAAUGAAAAAGAUUUGAGUUCAGAUGAGUCUUGAGAUUUGAGUUCAGAUGAGUCUUGAGUUCAGAUGAGUCUUGAGAUUUGAGUUCAGAUGAGUCUUGAGAUUUGAGUUCAGAUGAGUCUUGAGAUUUGAGUUUAGACGAGUCUUGAGAUUUGAGUUUAGAUGAGUCUUGAGAUUUUAGUUCAGAUGAGUCUUGAGAUUUUAGUUCAGAUGAGUCUUAAGAUUUAAAUUAAGAUGAGUCUUGAGAUUGGUGAUGUCAUGAAAUGGUUAUCAGUUAAAAUGUGUAAACGUGUACCUGACUCUUACCAUUGCCUGCAAAGUUAAAAACCACUUGGGUUGGAUAUGAACCCAGUACCAUUGCAUGGGGUUGAAAGUGAAAUUGAAGCCUUUCUCAGAUUCAAUUUUUGGGGUGGAAAAAUACGUCUUUCUCUAAAACUUCUUACAUUAGUUCAAUGGGGGUCGUUUCUAACAAUGUUUUAUAGUAUCAAUAGCUGUCUGUAAUUACCCAAGGUAUACCCUCCUUUUGAAUGACUGUUACUUAUUUUGGCCAAAACAAGUACAUGGUGUACAUGUUUACACCUUUUGCUUUAUUGGUCACAUUUUCUAAUGAAAUACUUAUUUUCAAUUGAGAGAUUGGAUGGUGAGGUCGUGUAUGCUGCAAUAGAGAGGUUCAAGUUGUAAAUGAAGGUUAUGUUAAAUCAAAUGUAAAUAUUUUAAGAACUAAUUGCUAGAAUCUUUUCUUUACAUUAUAACAGAUGAGUUCAUGCGAUUUUAGACUUUCUGGUUGAAUGGAAAGUCAUCUGCAAAUUAUUUCCUUUAAUAGUGUAUGAUACAAAGAAGUUUGAAAUACUCAGACUUGAUUAAGCUAAUGCUCAGUAUCUUUGCUGUUUGGUUGUCUGACCAGUUAGGUGGACUCAAAUCAAAACUUUG